AUGCCUGGUCAGAAUCACAGCAUUGUGUCUGAAUUUAUCCUCAUUGGCUUUGCUAACUUCCCCCAGCAGCUCCUACCAGCUUUCUUCUUGCUGUUCCUACUGAUGUACCUGUUCACGCUGCUGGGGAACCUGCUCAUCAUGGCCACCGUCUGGAGUGAGCGCAGCCUCCACACGCCCAUGUACCUCUUCCUGUGUGCCCUCUCCAUAUCCGAGAUCCUCUACACCUUCGCCAUCAUCCCGCGCAUGCUGGCUGACCUGCUCUCCACUUGUCCCACCAUCCCCUUUGUGGCCUGUGCCAGCCAGAUGUUCUUCUCCUUCACUUUCGGCUUCACCCAUUCCUUCCUACUCACUGUCAUGGGCUAUGACCGCUAUGUGGCCAUCUGCCACCCCCUGCGCUACAAUAUCCUCAUGAGCUCCUGGGGCUGUGCCUGCCUAGUGGCCUUGUCUUGGGCUGGGGGCUCUGUCAUGGGGAUGGUGGUGACAACAGCCAUUUUCAACCUCACCUUCUGUGGUCCCAACAAGGUCCACCAUUUCUUCUGCCACGUGCCACCCCUUGUGAAGUUGGCUUGCGGUGAGAAUGUCUCCAUUGUGGCCAAGGGCGUGGGCUUGCUGUGCAUCACAGCCCUGCUGGGAUGUUGUCUCCUUAUCCUCCUCUCCUAUGCCUUCAUUGUGGCCACUAUCUUGAAAAUCCCCUCUGCUGAGGGUCGCCACAAAGCCUUCUCCACCUGCGCAUCCCACCUCACUGUGGUCAUUGUGCACUAUGGCUUUGCUUCUGUCAUCUACCUCAAGCCCAAGGGUCCCCACUCUUUGCAAGGAGACACCCUCAUGGGCACCACAUACACAGUCCUCACACCCUUCCUCAGCCCCAUUAUCUUCAGCCUUAGGAACAAGGAGCUUAAGAAUGCUCUGAAGAAGACCUUUCUCAGCAAACUCUUUCCCCUGAGUUCCUGA